AUGUGCUCACUCGCGGUGGUGGGCGCCGCCGACGUUGUGCUACGAGUUGGUGUAGAAUGCUACCACUUCCUCUCCGAUAUCGACAAGGCUCCGGCCUCCAUCGAGAACCUGACGGCCUCCCUUGAGAACACUACUGCGCUGGUCGAGACGUUAAAGAAGCACAUCCAGAAGCACAUCCGUGACUCGGGAUCUUCAGUUCCGUCAGCCGACCUUGUCGAGCUACAGCCAGUAGUCAAACAGUUCAACACCGCAAUCAUAACGUUGCAACGCGAUAUAAAGCCACUCACCCUCCGGACCGCAAGAUAUGGCAAGAUGAGAAAAACAUGGGCGAGCUUUAGACACGUGCUCGAAGAGAAAGACAUACGCAAGAUCUCAGAGCGAAUCGAGAGCUCAAAGUCUUCGCUUUCUAUCACAUUGUCGCUGAUGGAAGGAAUACAGGAGUUCUCGCACACGUUGUUCAACAAGAACAAGUAG